UAGCCAUCGUCUGUGAGUGCACCUCUCCAACUCCGAAGUGCUUUUUUUUUUUCCCCUAUUUUCCAUUUCCGUCGUCUAUAUAAACUCCAAAAGCUCCAAUCUCUACCAUUCUCAAUUUCACGCCCUACUUUUCUAUAUCUCUGCGAGUCUUUUACGCAACAUCUCUAGAGAUGACAUCCUCAGGAAUUCAAUUCCUUUUGCUUUGUUUUAUGACUCACUGGUAAUUAUACGCUCAAGAAGUAAUUAUUAAAAAAUUUAUUGAAGGUUGUAUUCCUGGAAGUUUGUAGGGCUAAGAAUUACUGCUUUAGUUAUCACAUUCUCUGGAGCAUUGUAGUGAUUUUCUUUAUAAAGUCGAUUAAAAGGUUCUGUAGUUUUCAAUUGCUUAUACAAGUAGAGCGUCAGGAGCUUCCAGUGGGGAACAUCUGUAGUGUUGCUCACAGUGGUAAGUGUACAUGCAUUUGAAAGAUAAUUGUUUGUAAUGUUUGAGUCUUUAUGUUGUUCCAAUGCUCAUUAUCUUUAUUCGUUUUUCUAUGAUGUUGUUUUCUGAUGGAUUUCUUUUUCUUGGGAAAGAGAUGCGUGUCUUUAAGUAGUUUUACACUGCAUAAUUUCCUGCUCUUCAAAUUUUCAUGAGAACUAGAAAUUUGCAAUUAGUUGACGAUAUGGAAAGAUAGGAGCAGUAGAAUACCACAUUUACACUUCUUAAGACAAUGUUCUUUGUGUUAUAUAUUCACUUUGGUCUUGUAAGCAGAAUAAACUAAGGGAAUAAUUACUGUUUAGUCAUGUGGUUUAGUAAAACUAUCUAUUUAAUCCCUUUAUUUUAAAAACAGUAAGUUUUGUCUUUUAGAUCAUUAAUUACUUAGGCCAUCCCGUUUGUCUUUUUAGAUCGUUAAUUACUUAGUCCAUCCCGUUUUCUAUAGGAACUAAAUAAUUGUUAUUUUUAAAUUACAGGGCUAAAUAAUUGUGCCUUUAAAAUUACAGGGACUAAAUAAUUGUCCUUUAAAAUUACAGGGACUAAAUAGCUAUGUUUUGAAAUUACAGAUACUAAUUAUAACUAGUAGCUUAAAUAGAUGGAAGUACUAACUAGUUAUCAGUUUCAAAUGAAAGCAAAUUAAAUAGUUAAUGGUUUUGAAAAUAUAGGGUGCAUUCAGUCUAUUUUUGAAAUUAGAUUCACUAGUUAGUUAAUCUCUCAUAAACUAGUGAAUCUAAAGAGUAUAGCAAUAGAGUGUCAGUUCUCUUCCCAGUUAAAGAGACGACAAGGUCAACAGCAAGGUAUGCUGGGGUGGGAAAGCUAGAGCAGAAUGAUGUCAUGUCAUUUAAUCUAAUAUAUCCAUUUUUUUUGUUGUGUUCUACAAAUAUAUGUUCGCUAGUACAAAUAUAUGUUUGUUAGGAAGGAAUUCUUGAACUCACUUGUUACCCGUGGCGGCUAGCACAUAGCUGGCAUGAUGAAUUAAAUCAGGGCUACCUUUUUCUUUUGGCUAAUUUACUUCUCCUGAGAUAUGAGGAGAUUUAGUUACAUGCCUGGGGAAUCUAUAUAGAGUGAGGGAAUUGGGAUUUAAUUGGUUCUACUUCUGCCAGAACAAAACCUCAACUAGCCAGUGGUGGAGAUCAGGCUGGGUGGGGGGUGGCGGGAAGUAGCUUAAAUAAAUGUUUAUAAAUUUUUUAAUAGGUUUAAUAAAAGUUAGUCUUUUAUUAUUAAGGUAGCCUUUUUAAAUAUCUUAAAAGAUUAAAUAAAUGAAAAGAAGUUUUAUUUUUUAUUAAUUAGACUCCUUAAAUUUCUACUGGCACCUAAUAACUUAUAAUUGAUAUAUUCUUUAAAUUGAAAUAUUUGGAUUUUUUGGUUGUCCUUGUUUGAGCAAAAAAGUUCAAUUGAACAUUAAUAUUUGAUUUUGAACUUCCUCUUCCUCCUUUUGUGAGUACAAUAUGAUCUUUUUUUCUGUUUAUCAUCCCUAUCAUUUAGCUUUCUCUUCUUUAUUUCAUUCAGAUUAAAAAUAUUUUAUUUAUAUUUGUACAAGUAGACAAAAUUAGUGGUGUCAACUCUCGUGCAAAUUUUGAAUUGAUCAACUUUAAUGUAUAUUAAGGAUUUGUUAUAAAAUUUAAUGCCAAUUGACUUUAUUUCUUUACAUAAUAUAGUUUAUAUGUAGUUACGUAAUAAUAAAUAUGUAUAUUUAUUAUUAUAAUUUUUUUCAACUGCUAAAUAAUCAUUGUAAUUUGAUAUUUUGUGUUGCUUCUAAUUAUUAUAUGUUUAUGCACUUUGCGGUACACAUAUGUAUAUAUGUUAUGAUUGCCUUCUCUCCCCCUCAAUGAAAAGUUUUUUGGCUUGGCCUCUGCAACGGGCCCUUUUAGGAGGCUAAAACUUGCUGUUGAUUUUGAUGUUAUCUAUUUGUAACCUUUUUUCUGAAAGUAUGGUCUUGUUGUGGGCAACUUUGUUUGUUAUUUUUUUGCCAUCUUUCUUAUUUUGUAUAUAAUCCGUUAACCGCAUGUGUGAUAAUUCAUUGCACUUUUAAUCAACAAGUGGACGUUCUUUGUAGGGAGUACAUUCAAUACACCACGGGAAGGGACAAGAAAUAAAGUAUAGUGGAUUUGCUUUUAAUUAAAUUUGACAUCUAAAAAUUGUGAGUGUAUGGAAUUGGGUUCUAAAAUGACUUCUACUAAUAUAUUUCUUUUAUGGUCCCUCUUCUCUUUCUUGGAAAUUUUGGCAGGUAUUAUCAGGUCUUGUAUUUCAUUAAAAUCAAUUAUUUAGUCCUUUCCUUAUCCAAUUAAAAUUUCCAGUAUUUUUAUAAUUGAAACUUGUUUUAGCUUUAAAUAUGUAUAUCAUUUAGAUCUUGUAAUUUUUGCUAUUUAUAUUAUUGAGUCUGUAAUUCUAAUUAUUUCUACUAUUUAAGUCCCCUUGACUAAAGCUAAACAAUUUGACCAAUGAUAAAUCUAACAUAAUUUUGAUUUGUAAAAUAGGGACAUUUCAAUUGGGUUUUAGAAAAAUAGGGACUGAGUUGUUAAUUUUGAUAAAAUAAACGGACAUGAUGGUAAUAACUCAAUUUUGGUCUUAAUUUAUGCAUUUAAGAAAAUAGUUUGUAUCUAAGACUCCUCUCAUAUGCAUAUGGAUGAGGGAUUGCACUAGGCUGCAGCAUAGAAAUUUGUUGAUAUCUUUUCUUUUCUUGUCCUCUCUUAAAUAUGUUUUUCCUCAUAAUUAAUUCUUCUAAAAUGCAAUUUUUUUAUUGUAAGAAGGUUGUAUGGCUUCUUAAUUGCGUGCUGUGGAAUCAAGGGAAUUAUUAAAUAGCCAGUAUAAGCAGUACAAUGCUGAAAAAUUAAAGAAUAGUUUCUUUUUGUAUGAAAAUCAGUUUGGGACUUGUGCCCACAUGUCAAAAACUUUUUUCUUUGAAUUUUAUCAAGUUAUGUUUAUUUAUUUAUUUUUAUUUGUAUGUUUUGGAUAGCCAGGAAUAUGUGUGGGUGAAAAUGAAGAGGUUGAAAGGAAUUGGAUAGCCUAAGAGUUUUUUGUGUUUCUGACAUUUCUGUUAAGUUUGAGACUGGGAAUAAAUAGGAAAGGUAAGAGAUAACAAGUUGUGUAUACCAUUGCAAAUUAUCAUGUUGAACACUUCUGAAUUUUUUAUUAUAUCUGUAUAAGUGUAAUGCUGGGUUUUCUACUGAAGAAGAAUGAAUAUUAGUGUAGUUUAUUUUGUUUGGUAGAUUGCUAGAUAGGUACUAAUCUGGUGGAAGGAAGGAGGGGGUUCUCUUGAAGUUGAAGUAUAUGAUUAUGAUUUGCUGGUUUAGCCUUUGAACCAUUAAUAAGAUGUUAAUUUUAGUUUGUUAUAGUGUGUAAUUGUAAUAGACACGUAUCACCCCUUGGUUUUCUUAAUAGCAGAUGGUAGAAAUCCACAUUAUUUUGAAUGAUUUUGAUCUAGCACCAUUGCCAUAUUCUCUUGAAUCCUAUGAAUUUGGUGUUGCAGACAAUUUUUUUUUUUGAGCUCAUCAAGACUAGUGUAAUACUCCCUUUUCAUUGAUUAAUUCUGAACAUUAUUGUUGAAUACUACUGGUAGUCUGAUAAGUUCUCAUGUUGAGUAACUACAGUGAUUUCAAGAUGGCUGGUGUGAAAAGAAGACUUUAUUCUGAUUCAGAUACCUGUGCCCUUCACAAAGAAUUAGAUGAGGUCUCAUGUCCUAUUUGCAUGGACCAUCCGCAUAAUGCAGUUCUCUUAUUGUGCAGCUCACAUGAGAAGGGCUGCCGAUCUUACAUUUGUGAUACAAGUUACAGGCAUUCAAAUUGCCUGGACCGCUUUAAAAAGUUAAGGGACAACCCUACAACUUUAUCCACUUCUUUACCUAUCAACUCAUCCAGUACUGGUAAUACUUCUGAAACAAUCUUGCCUUUGACGAUGCAUGGGCUUGAUGCUAAUGGAGAUCAGAAUCUAAAUGAAAGCAAUGAUGUCAAUUCCAUUGUAAGGCCUGAAGAGCUUGUAGGAAACAUCAUCCAAGAUUCUAAUAGGCAGUUAGAAACACGAGAAGGCAUUUUGCAAGCUGGUGAUUCCGAGUCAUUUCGUGAUAGGAUUGAACUUGAAGUGGCUGACACUGAGAACUCAUCAGAAUCUGGGUUGAGCCUGAAAUGUCCUUUAUGCCGUGGAGCUGUACUAGGGUGGGAAGUUGUAGAUGAGGCUAGAAAAUAUCUGAACUUGAAGAAGCGAAGUUGCUCCAGGGAAUCAUGCUCAUUUGUUGGGAAUUACCAAGAAUUGCGUAGGCAUGCAAGGAGGGUUCACCCAACGACUCGACCCUCUGAUGUUGAUCCAUCCAGAGAACGAGCUUGGAGAUGCCUUGAGCGACAAACAGAAUAUGGUGACAUUGUGAGUGCCAUUCGUUCAGCUAUGCCAGGUGCUGUUGUAGUUGGGGACUAUGUAAUUGAGAAUGGCGAUAGGUUUUCAGUUGAGAGGGAAGGUGGGGCAGGUGAAGUUAAUGCUCCAUGGUGGACUACUUUCUUCCUGUUUCAGAUGAUUGGCUCAAUUGAUGGUGGAGCUGAACCAAGGGCUCGUCCAAGAGCUUGGACGAGGCACCGUCGAGCAGCUGGAGUGUUACCUGAGCGUCGAUUCCUCUGGGGUGAAAAUCUGUUGGGUCUGCAGGAUGAUGAUGACGACGACGACGAUGACAAUGAUGAUGAUUAUUUGCGUGUAUUAAGUGAUGCAGGUGAAGAUGCUUCUUCAAUCCCAAGAAGGCGUCAAGAUGUUUCUCCAAUUCCCAGAAGACGUCAAGACGCUUCUCCGGUCCCAAGAAGACGUCGACGUUUGACUCGGUCAAGGUCUGAUGAUCAGUCAUGAAAGGUGAUGGCAAUUUUCCGUACUUGCAGAAGCUUCCUGCAGUAUCAUUAUGGUGAUUAAGAAUCUGGAUGUCAGCAACGCAAAGAAAGAUUUGUUCAAUGAUUAUAAAUUUGUGCCAGAUUCUGUUUCAACUUUGUUGGUUUGCUCAACAGGGGACGACGAGAAAAAGGGACAGAAACCGUUUUCUUGGCAUUAGGAACAUUUCUAUUUCGUUGGAGUCGUAUGAUGGAGCUUGAGUUGUAUAAUUUCAUCGGUUGAUGGGUUCCCCACCUGCCCGUGUGUGUGUUAAAUGGUGGAUGUUUCCCCAAUUGAAGCAAAUCUAAACUAAUGGGGAAAUUGAAUUGUUGUAUUUUUUUUUUUCUUGCUUUGAAAUGAUUCGGUUUUUUCUUGCUUUGUUAUCAUUUUACUGCAAUUAAUGAUUUGGCCUUCUAUUUGC